AUGGAUGCUACCACUGCCCCGCACCUCAUCCCCGCAGAAAUGCCUCAGUACGGGGAGGCGAACCACAUCUUCGAGUUGAUGCAGAACAUGCUGGAACAACUACUGAUUCACCAGCCCGAGGAACCCAUCCCUUUCAUGAUCAAGCACUUGCAUCGCAAUAAUGAUAAUGUGCCGAAGGUUAUAAUAUUAGGUCCACCGGCCUCGGGGAAAACAACCAUAGCAAUGUGGCUUUGCAAACAUCUGAACACUAAUCUCCUCAGUGUGGACAACUUGAUAGUAAAAGAAUUUUCUGUUUUGGCCACUGAAGCCAGGAAGCAUUAUCAGAAGACCAAGACAGUUCCCAGCAUGCUGCUCAUCAAACUGAUGGAGGAACGCUUGGCUGAGGAGGACUGCAUCAGACGGGGCUGGAUCCUGGAUGGCAUCCCUGAGACCCGGGAGCAGGCGCUGAUAAUCCAGAGCCGGGGGAUCAUCCCCAGGCAUGUUGUCUUGCUGAGUGCUCUAGACACGGUCCUGAUCGAGAGGAACUUGGGGAAGAGGAUCGACCCUUAUACUGGAGAGAUUUAUCACACCACCUUCGACUGGCCCCCCCAGUCUGAAAUCCAGAGCCGCCUGAUGGUGCCAAGUGGUAUCUCGGAGAUGGAGACGGCUCGGAGACUGCUGGAGUACCACAGGAACAUCGUCAGGAUCCUCCCUUCUUACCCCAAAAUCCUGAAAGUCAUCAGUGCGGACCAGCCGUGUGUGGACGUCUUCUACCAGGCUCUGACCUACGUUCAAACCAACCAUCGAUCCAAUGCCCCGUUCACCCCCAGGGUGCUGCUGUGUGGGCCCUUGGGCAGUGGGAAAAGUCUGCAAGCUGCCCUCCUGGCCCAGAAGUACAGCCUUGUCAACGUCUGCUGUGGGCAGCUGCUGAAAGAGGCCGUGGCAGACCAGACGAAGUUUGGCGAGCUCAUCCGGCCCUAUUUUGAAAAGAAGAUGGCGGUCCCUGACAACCUCGUCACGAAGGUGCUGAGCCAGCGCCUGGACCAGCAGGACUGCAUUCAGAGAGGGUGGGUGCUGCACGGCUUCCCGCGAGACCUGGACCAGGCGCACCUGAUGAACACCCUGGGCUACUCUCCCAACAGGGUGUUUUUCCUGAAUGUGCCCUUUGAUUCUAUCAUUGAGCGACUAACUCUGAGAAGAACUGAUCCAGUAACAGGAGAAAGGUACCACCUCAUGUACAAGCCACCUCCAACCAUAGAGAUCCAGGCUCGUCUCAUGCAGAACCCAAAGGAUUCUGAAGAGCAGGUCAGGCUCAAAAUGGAUCUGUACUACAGGAACUCUGCGGACCUGGAACAGUUCUAUGGGCAGGCCAUCACCCUCAACGGGGACCAGGACCCAUACACAGUCUUCGAAUAUAUAGAGAGUGGGAUCAUUAAUCCCCUGCCCCAAAGAAUCCCCUGAUGGGUUCAGAGCGUUCCCCAAGGAGACAAGUUAACCCCACCCCUACGCUCAG